UUUCUGCUCGGACGCUCACAUUUGACUCACUGAGAGACGGAGAAAGUUUCAUUUAAAAGCCCGGAGCCGAAAAGAGGAAAAACUUUCAGCAUGAAGGCGCACUGACAGCUCCAAAACCAUCCACUUCAGACCUCGGAUACAGCACUGAAAGCACACGGAGAGCUUUACUGCAUUGUUUGGUUGAUUCGGUCUUAAUUGCGCUCCUGUUUACAUUGUAUUGUAUUGUAUUUUUUUUUCUCGGGAUGUUGCAGUGACCAUGGCCGCGCAAGUGGCAUCAGUCCCGGCCGCGUCUAAUAACAAGAGCAAGACUUUAUCAGGGGUUUUGGGACAAGAUUUAAACUCCGGCAAACGUACAGGAGGAAUCGGGGACAUUCGAACCCCGACUAAUAAUAACACUAAUAAUAACACUAAUAAUGCGGAUCGGCGUGGUGAUGACCUGAACCGAACUGGUGGAAGCGUUACAACUUCGGUGUCCUCCUCAUCAUCAUCAUCAUCUUCUUCAUCAUCAUCAAUGUCGUCGAGCUCUCCUGGUGUAGAAACCGGCUUUAUGUCUAAUCAUAAACUACUAAAGCACGCUCCUGGAGAUACUCCGUUCUCCCAGUUUCAGCAGCUCAGCAAUCAGCGCGCGUUACAGACCAACCACGGCAGCCAGGACGCCUCCUCCGACAAUCAGAGAUCAGGAGCCAGGGAGAGCGGGGUAGGAGACACUUCUGAGCCACACAUGUUGAGGAAAAGUGUGGAAGACCAGCCUUGCAGAGGCGCAGAGCCCAUGAGUAGCAGCAGGUACGAGCACGGCAACUUGGCACCGAAUCUCCAAGCCUCCCAUGCCCAGGGCGCAGGAGGAGGAGGAGAUGGUGGUGGUGGGAAAACACCGGUCUCUGACUUCAAUCACUAUUUUGGAAGUUCAAGAUCAGGACUGUGUUUCGAUCAGCACGGCGCACAGCAGGGCUUUGGCACUUUGAUGUAUCCCGCAACAUCUAAUCAUGUGGAAGCUUCUGCAAACUCCCACGAAGGGCAUCCGAAGAGUCAAUACGCCGGUUAUACGGGCUACGGGGCAGCGGGAUACAGUAACCCGACCUCCGGUCAGGCCAAAUGCGCCCCGGUGCCCUCCAUGAACAACGCCGGAGGGUUUUCACGUUUCCCGGGACAAAGUCAGCAUCCUUCCGGCGCAACGCCCACCCUCAACCAGCUGCUCACUUCUCCUGGGCCCAUGAUGCGAUACUAUGAAUACAGCAGCGGCAAAGACGCGGGCACUCAGUACGGCUGUGGAGGCUCAGGCUGGCCGGGACAGAGAGCUAAUCCCGGGGCUGCAAACAGUGGUCCGAGCGCCAACCGGAGCCAGGUGGGUUCUAUGGACUUCAUGGUGAUGAAGCGCUCUCAGAUGUAUGGGAUGAGCAGUAGUCCGUACUCUCAGCAGCAGCAGGGUGUCCCCUAUCCCAGUCAGCCGUACGGAUCUCCAACUACGCACAGAUACCCGAUGGCCAUGCAGGGCAGGGGACAAAUGAGCAUGGGUGCCAUGCCAUAUUCUCAACAGCAGGUACCUGCUCAUUUUGGCCAGCAGGGCAUGGGAGGAUACUGUCCUCAGGGCCAGCCCGGGUACUACAGCCAGUCUCAGCAAUCCCAGCAACCUCAGCAGCAGCAGCAGCAGCAGACACCAUAUAGCCAGCCUCGUAGUACAACACAGCAGGAGAUCCAGGAGAGCUAUGGAAACAGAAGCCAGCCUACAGGGAGUGCUGGGAAAACCAACCAUGAUGAGAUGGGAUUGAUCCAGCAGGACCGGCCCUCCAGCCUGCCGGACCUGUCAGGCUCCAUCGAUGACUUGCCCAUGGGAACUGAGGCUCCUCUCAACUCAGCCAUCAGUGUCUCUGGUCCCUCCAACAGUCAGGGAGACCAGGGGAACCAGUCUCAGUCUCCGUUUUCACCACACACGUCUCCUCGUGUCUCCAGCAUGCGCCCUGGACCCUCACCUCCUCCAGUAGCCUCUCCAAGUCCUGCUGCUUCCAACCAGAUCUCCCCUACCAAUGGCCCAGGGUCCCAGCUGCCAAUACAGACACCUGGGAACCUAUCUGACACUGGCUCCAACUCCAGCAUGAACCAGAUUCCCAUGGCUCAGGACCGAGCCUUCAUGCGGAGGAAUCAAAACCAGUACGGUCCUCAGCAGUCAGGCCCGCCCAUGUCCACACAUCUGUCUACAAGGAACCAGAUGCAGCAUGGGAUGAGCGUCUAUCAGCAGAACUCCACCGGAUCCUAUGGACCUCCAAGCGGUCCAUACGGCCCACAAGGUAACUACUCGAGAAAUCCCUAUGGAGGAAUGACCAAUGCUAACUGUGGUGGUCUGGGCUCUGGCAUGAAUAACAGCCUGGGCAUGAACUCCAGCAGUCCUAUGCAUGGACAAGGACCAGGGCAGCCCAUGUCUAUGGGCCGUGCUUCAGGAGCCCCUGGUAAUCGAGUCUAUCUGGGUGGUGGGAACAGCAUGGCACCCACCUCUCCCAACAUGCCACAGUCUGCUGGUCCAGGGAUGGGGCCUCCUGCAGGAAAUGUGAAUCGUAAGGCUGUGGAUGGUCCGAUGGCAACAAUGCAUCCAACAGGAAACUCUGCACAGGCGAGGCAGGGUGGUUAUUGUGGAAUGAUGGGCACCGGCUCAUCGUAUAGCCACCAAGUAGGAAAUGCCAUGGCGAUGAUGUCUCCACAGAGCUGCAGCUCCACCACAUCUCCUUCAGGCCCCAUGGGAGAGGGUGGAGAAGUAGCGAUUCCUGCAGACACCAAGCAGAAAUCCAGCAGUAAAGAGGACAUGAUUCCUGUUGCCGAACCUCACAAACCUCCAAAGGAUGGCUCCAACUCUCAGUGUGGCUCAGAGCCCCCUACUCCCUCAGCCUUGACCCCCAGCCCAGCAAGUCUGUCCUCCUAUCAUGGAGAUGACAGUGACAGCAUCAGCAGUCCUGCAUGGCCCAAAACUCCCUCCAGUCCAAAGUCAAGCUCUGGCAGCACGACGAAUGACAAGGUUUCUCGGCUCUACGAAAUGGGAAGCGAGCCAGAGAGAAAGAGCUGGGUGGAGCGCUAUCUGACCUUCAUGGAGGACAGGGGGACACCGGUUCCUCACCUUCCUGCUGUGGGCAAGAAGCAGCUGGAUCUGUGCAAGUUCUACAUGGUCGUAAAGGAGCUAGGUGGCUUGGCAAUGGUGAAUAAGAAUAAGAAAUGGCGUGAGCUCUCCUCCACACUCGGUUUAGGCAUGUCUAGUAACUCUGCUAGUUCUCUGAAGAAGCACUACAUCCAGUAUCUGUUUGCCUAUGAGUGUAAGGUGGAGCGAGGAGAGGAGCCCCCGCCUGACUUCUGCCCUACUGCUGAGGUCAAGAAACAAGGCAAGACUGAGCCGCCGUCUCCCGCCACCUCAGGCUCUCUACAGGGCCCUCAAACCCCUCAAUCGACAGGCAGCAGCUCUAUGCCUGAGAUGCCCGGUGAGCUAAAACCGCCCACGCCAGCCACCACCCCGCAGGGGCACAUCGGUAUCCCAGGCAACAGCAAUAAUUCAGUCAGUAUUCAAGACCCGUUCUCAGACAGCAGUGAUCCUGCCUUCCAGAAAAGGAAUAUACUGAGCUCGGGAGGCUCUUAUCAAUCAGCCAUGAACCCCAUGGACUCUAUGAUGAGGAUGCAGUAUGAAAAUAAGGACCAUUUUGCAGGAAUGAGGAAAGUGGUUAGUGGAGAGCCAUGCAUGCCAGCUCAGAUGACCUCUGCAGGCAUGCAAGACAUCUAUGGCAGGAGUCCUUCGAGUGGCCCUAUGGCAGGACUGGGCAUGGCUCAACGUGCUCAGUAUGCUUAUGGACCAGGGUAUGAUCGCAGAUCAGACCAUUUAAUGGGGAUGGAUGGGAGUAUGGGUCCCCAUGGGAAUCAAGGCAACAUGAGUCACGCUAACACCGAUGGUAACAUGUACUCCCCUAACAGAUACCAUAAUCAGCAAAGACAUGAUGGCUAUGGACAGCAGUAUCCUAGUAUGCCAUAUGGUGUCCACCCUCCAGGGAUGUACCCUCAACAGGGCUACAAGCGAACCCUUGAUGGAGUGUAUAGCCCACCUGCUAAGAGGCAUGAGGGCGAGGUUUAUGGGAUGCAGUACGGAGGCCCACAGACAGACAUGUAUGGUCAGUAUGGAGGAAAUUAUCCAGAGCGCCGGACCAUGCAGAGUCUUUUUCCUUAUCCAUAUAGUCGGGAACGCCAACUACCGAAUGCCAGCCAGGGGCCUCAACAUCAUCCUGUCCAGCACAGCAUGAUGGGUUCUGGACAUUCAGUGCCCACUGGAGAUGGCCCAACUCACAUGUGGCCCUCAAGGACAGACAUGGCUUAUUCAUACUCGAACAGACACGGGACUUCUAAUCAGAACAUGCCAUACCCCGGUAUGGGACGGAUAGAUGAUAUGGAUGGAGUCCGAGCAGACAAUCAGUGGCCCGGGUAUCAGCGCCAAACACCGUUCAUGUCUGGUCACUCUAACUCUAUGGCUAUUAUGAACUCACGGCCUCCAUCUUCAUACCAGACCUCUAACCAUACCUCCUGUGAACCGAGCCCAGGGUCUUUUCAGCGAUCUAUGGAAGCACACAUGCAACCUAACAAGAUGGCCUUUAUGCCGUCUAUGAAGAUGCACAAGCCAGGAAUGCCUGUACCAAGUGGCUCUGGAAGUGGAGUCCCAGGUCAGAUGGCGUCCAGCAUGAGAAAAGACUAUCCGAUGGGGUGUGUUGAAGGGACCCAACCUCUCCUAAAACCUCGACGCAAAAUGACCUCAAAAGACACUGGAACCCCGGAAGCCUGGCGAGUGAUGAUGUCACUCAAAUCAGGUCUUCUGGCAGAAAGCACAUGGGCUUUGGAUACAAUCAACAUCCUACUUUAUGAUGACAGCACUGUAGCUUCAUUUAACCUGGCCCAGUUGCCAGGAUUCCUAGAGCUCAUUGUUGAGUAUUUGAGAAGAUGCUUGAUUGAGAUCUUCGGCAUCUUGGAGGAAUAUGAAGUGGGGACUCUUGGCCAGAAGACCCUGCUUGGUCCAGUCGAGGACGAAAGAGAGCAGGGGUCGGUCGAAUCAGACAUUCCCUGUGAGUCAGAGUCCAGCCAGGAACCAGAGAAAAACUCAGUGGACUCUCCACCUGGGUCUUCUGAGACAGACCUGGAGUUAAAUCUGGAAGGUAGGAUUAAAAAUGAGAUAGUGAAAAAUGAGACAGAUGAGAAAGAUGAACCGAGAACUGAGGAUAUUUCUGAGCCGCUUGAGGGCCGUUCUUCAUCAACGCCUGAACCAAGACCCAAACAGGCCAGCAAAUAUGAUAAGCUGCCGAUCAAGAUUGUUCCCAAAGAUGACUUCAUCAAGGAUAUUUCUGAUGAGCUUGGCCAUGUGCAGAAGUUCAACAGUGGACUCCUUCAUUGGAAAGCAGGUGGUGGAGAUUCAACAAGUUACAUCUUAACACAUUUUGAGGGUCGUGAGGAGAGCGGUGUCGAGAGCAAACAGCUAUGCUGUACUUUAAAUUCAGACGAGGUACAAAAUACCCAAGUUGCAACUAUAGAUGAUGUGCUGUCCCCAAGAUUGAGAGCUCUCUCGGAGGAAGAAAGCUCGUCAACCUCUUUGAGCACUUCCUCAUAUUCAUUACGCCUUUUUGAGAGCCAAAAAGGGAUCACACUACUGGAGGAUGAACCUCACUGUCCAGAUGAACCUCCAUUGUGCACAAAGUCCAGCUGGCAGGACUCUUUGAGCAAACGCUGCCUAUGUGUCUCUAAUAUCCUUCGCAGCCUGUCGUUCAUCCCAGGAAACGAUACAGAGAUGUCCAAGCAUCCAGGCCUUGUUCUGAUUCUUGGCCGAUUGCUGUUGUUGCACCAUGAGCAUCCGGAGAGGAAGAGAAUUGUCCCCGGCUAUGACAAAGACGAGUACAAUAAGGAGGAAGAAAUAAAGCCCUGCAGCCAGGAUGAGUGGUGGUGGGACUGUCUGGCAGCGCUGAGAGAAAAUACUUUGGUCACGUUGGCUAACAUCGCUGGACAGCUAGACCUGUCGAUCUACUCAGAGAAUAUAUGCCUUCCAGUCCUUGAUGGCUUGCUCCACUGGAUGGUGUGUCCUUCAGCUGAGGCCCAGGAUCCGUUCCUUUCAGCGGGGGCAAAUUCACAGCUCAGCCCAAGAAAACUGGUUCUGGAAUGUCUGUGCAAACUGAGCAUUCAGGACAACAAUGUAGACCUGAUGCUGGCCACUCCACCAUUUAGUCGUCUGGAGAAGUUCUUUGCUACACUGGUGCGUCAGGUGGGAGAGCGCAAACUCCAAGUUUACCGUGAGAUGGCAGUAGCCGUGCUGUCCAACCUGGCCAGAGGGGAUUCAUCAGCAGCGCGUGGCAUCGCCGUUCAAAGAAACGGUGUUGGCAACUUCGUAGGCUUCUUAGAGGAUGGAAUUGCCAUGACUCAGUAUCACCAAAACCCACACAGUCUGCUACACAUGGGUCAUCCUCCCAUGGAGCAGCCAAGCGUGAGCAUGAUGUGUCGAGCUGCCAAAGCGCUGCUGGAACUGGCGAAAGUGGAGGAGAACAGGCCUGAGUUUGUUUUGUACGAAAGCAGACUGCUGGAUAUCGCCAUUUCCUCCAUGCUCAAUGUCAGUGUGGUGGCCAUCAUCUGUGAAGUUCUCUUUCACCUCGGCAAGUCAUGACGAAAGGUCGAACGCCUUUAAAACUGUAUUACACCAAUCACGUGGAUGGCACUUUCAUAUUUCUAUUUAAAAUCAAAGUCGCUUUAUAUAUGAAUAUAUGGAACAAAUCAGUAUGAAAAGCUUCUGUGUCCAAACUCUUUUGUUUUGAGGAUUUUAGACAAAAAAAUGAUUUUAAUACAGAUAUUUAAUAUUGUUGUUUGAAUGUUUUGUCUUUUUUGCUUAUUUCAUUUUUAUUUUAAUAACCAAAUGUACUGACUUUUGGUUCAGAAGAUUUGCAGUUAUCUUUUUUUCCCCACUCUCUUUAUAAACUUUUGGAAAUUUUCUAAGUGUACAUAAGGCGUAUCUGUGAAUUUGUUUUUAAAAGCAGAAAUAUUUAAGAUCUGAAAAUACUGUAGAUAAUAGCUUCCGUUUGAUAUUUGCUAUAAUAAAUUUAACUUGCUUUUACCCAUUUUCUUAUAUCCAUAUCUGGAAAAAUUUAUUGUGCAAUAUUAUGGUGCAAGUUGCCUCCUGAAGGCAGGAGAGAUGUGAUUUCUUUUCCAUAUCUCCCGUAUCUAUCAUGCAAAUAACAUGCUUCACCACGAGGCGGCAGUAUUGUAUCAGUAAUCUAAACAACAACAAAAAAAGGCUCACCUUGGACUACAGAUAUUUGUUUUGCCUUCUUGAUGUUAUAUCAAUUGCUCUAUGGAGGUAUGUAUGUAUAACUUGCUUUACCUUACUCCCAUUCGAGCCCCAAAACACUGCUGUAUAUAGACCAUAUUGUACUUUUCUUUUUUUUUUUUUUUUUUAUUAUUUCGUUUUUUUCCCCUCCAGAAAUGUGGUAACUACAAAGUGAUUGUAGUUUGUAAAGAUGAAAUUAUUGUACUUGUGGUUACAUCUAUGAUAAAUAUCGGUAUUUUGUAAAUGAGGUCCAGUUUUGGAUUGAGGGUAGUGAUUGUGUUCUGUCCGUAUAACCUUUCUGUAUGCGCUCUUUAAUAGCUGACCUCUGAUCAGACAUUGGUAAUCACAUGUCGAAGUGCCAUGGUCAGCUCACCACAUGCUAAGAUUACAUGAAAAUAGACAGCUAAUGCAAGAUCUGUUUUUUAUUAUUAUUAUUAUUAUUAUUAUUAUUAUUAUGGGAUCAAAAUGGGCAUAUUUGUUAUCUAAAACCAUGUAGUUCAAAAAUAAAUGAUGUUGAGCAAGACCUGCA